AUGUCCGGAAAGCAGAUCUUGAGGUCCCAGGUCGGAUCGUCACUACAUACAUCACGAUUUACGGUAGCUCCCGCAUCCAAACGGUUUCCAGCGGCGCAGCUAUGCAGACACAAUACCUCUUCUGCCUCGACGCAAACGAAAAGCCAUGACGAUGCAGAGGAUACAAAGGAUGAGGAGAAGGAGAAGGGUGCUAUGGCCCGUCGUUUGUCCCAAAUGGCAGAGGAUGCUCUGCUUGAGGGCGGGAGCUCAGCACGCCGCAACAUUGAGCACGCGGGUUUCUCAGAGGAGUUAAAGCAACAAUUGGAAGAGCGAGUGAAGGCGGCGUCUUUCAAAAGCGAAAAUCCCAUCGCUCACUCUAUCCUUGACAUGCCCGCUAGCGCAGGCCAAGGCACACGAGAAGCUGCAACAGCUCCUGCAUGGACAGGAACAGAAAGCCUGCAAGACUCAGCUCUUAGAAUGCUCGAUGAUGCCAGCAAACCCAUACGAACGCCCUACAAAAUCCCCCGCCCGAUCAAUCUUCAGCCAGCCCCGAAGCCGAAGCUCACCCCCGGUGUCCGUAUCGCCAGAGCGAAGGAAAAGACGUCCAACUACGCAUUGAGUCAAGGUCCUGGAUUAACGGAAGAAGAACGGGAAGCGAUUCGCAGUGAUAUGCGCGAGAAGUUAUCGCCCGGCGCGAUGUCCAUGCCCAUAUCCAUCCAGGGCCUGUCGUCGCUGGCGAACGAACGUAUAGAAGAUGCGAUACGACGAGGGCAGUUUGAGAAGAUUCGUCGAGGCAAAGGCGUCAAUACCGAGACCGAUCACAAUGCUAAUAGUGCUUUUAUUGACACCACAGAAUAUUUUAUGAACAAGAUCAUUCAGAAGCAAGAUAUCGUUCCGCCGUGGAUCGAAAAGCAGCAGGAACUUGCUAUGGAAAUUAGACGUUUCCGGCAGCGGAUACGUGCCGAUUGGAGGAGACACGCCUCCAGACUCAUCGCUAGCCAGGGCGGGUCCUUGGAAGCCCAGAUGCAGCGAGCGAGAGCUUAUGCUGCUGCGGAGUUACGUUUAUCAGAAAAGAUGAAACUGGAAGCGGCACUUCGCGACAGCAGUGCUGCAAGCUCAGAUGAAAAUGUGGUGUCGGAAAUAGCAAGCGAUGGCCGGAUUCUUUCAAAGGUUGAUGCUGUGGACCUCGCAGCCGAACCGAACCCGAGCGAAAAGGAGGAACUUCCUCAUCUGCCUCCACUGCGAGACCCUGAAUACAUGGGCAACGAACGAUCUUACCAUGAGCUUGCUGUCAAACAGCUCAAUGCCAUCACACGCUCCUACAACCUCCAAGCCCCUCGCUCUGCUCAAAAGCCGUAUACAAAUCUCGACCGCGAGUUGAAGUCUUGUUUUGCGGAUGUCGCACCUCAACUGGCUGAAGAGAUACGACGGCGAGCAACAGAACGCGCUCGUGGGUCAAGCUCACCCGUUAGGGCCACAGCCAGUAAAUUUGGGUCGCUUGGCCCUGGACCGUCGGUGCGCGUGUAUGAAGAAGACAAAAAUAAAGCCUACGGCUGGAAGGAAAUGUGGCGGGAUCUCUUUUCUAAAGAGGACAAGCGAUAA